AUGAGCGCCCAUAUUUCCUUCAAAUUUAUACGAUCCUCGGCAACUCAAUGGAGGGGAUUUUCAACCUCGACGAGGUUACAGAAGCUAGGUCUUGUUCCAAAAAUGUCCGUUGUAGCAAAUCCUGAACUUCAAGAUCUCCUAACAAGAUUUCGUGAAAAUGCCGUUCUUCCUAAGCAUCUUCCCAAAUAUCAACAAGAUCUAGUGUACAAGAAAAAACACCAAUCUAAGCUUGAAAGUGAAAAUGUAAUAGCCAACAUAGGAGAAGAAGAGUUUAUAUUGAAACAUAUCGACAUAAAAAAAGAUACUCCGCGCUUAAAAUUACUCAUUAGCGAUGUGCUCGACCUUAUAAAGAACAAGGAAGAUUGGGCUGUGAUUCCAAACGUACUUCACGGUCUAAAAAAUACUGGCUUCAAAAUCAAACUGCCUAUCGCUGAAAAAAUUGUUCGCAAAGCUGGACUGGCUGGAAAACAAAACGUUACACUUGAAUGCUUAAGGAGAACAAAAAACACUGGCAUGGAUCUUAGCGACGCUGGCCUAACCAAAAAUGUCAUGUUCUGGAUCUACUUCAAAGCAUCUCAGCAAGACGAGACUCUUGAAAGCAUAAAUAAAACUCUAUCCAUGGCGGAGCAGCUGCUCGACAUGUUGGAAGACGAGAAGUUCACUGGAAAGCGGUACCUAGACACUAGUAAUGACUACCGCAACCUACCAGAAAUAUUGGGCAUGAUGGUUGCUAUUAUCGCCUUGAGGGCAUCAAAGUUUCAAGAAGGCGUAGACCUGGAUGGCAAAGUUAAAAAGUACUGCACCGAAUUUGUCAUUAAGUCAGCAGCUACAGUACCACCAUCUACAAUUAAUGGAGUCGAAGAGGCCCAAAGCCUUGUAAAUCCUAAAACCCCGACUGAAGCAAACACGAGCAGCAGCGAUACCGAGGAUGUCAUAAAUUCCAACAAGAAACAAAAAACUCUAAAUCAGAGGAUAUCACAGUGGAUGUCUUGGAUGAUGCACAAUACGCAGAUAACGAAGGGGAUCAAACUUGCUCUUCCGAUACUAGACGCUGAUUUCGAGCACACCACUCUUCUACGAGAGAGAUUAGCAUCUUUAGAAGCAGAAAUUUCCAAAGUAGAAAGUGUAUGGAAGGAAGUACACGUUAUACAAGGGAAACAACCAAAAGAUUUUGAUGUUUCGACUUUGGUUUUAACAAAUGAGCCCACAGAAUAA